AUGGGCGAGUUCUUCUUCAACAUCGACCACGGCUACCUUGAGGCCCUGAUUCGCGGGUUCAAGGGAGGAAUCCUCACCCAGUCGGAUUACGCCAAUCUCGUCCAAUGCGAGACGCUAGAAGAUCUCAAGCUCCACAUCCAGUCGACCGACUAUGGAAACUUUUUGGCUAACGAGCCCGGAGCGAUCACGGUGGGAGUUAUCGACGAGCGAUUAAAGGAGAAGCUGGUCACGGAAUUUACGCAUCUACGCAACAAUGCGCUCGAGCCGCUCGCCACAUUCUUGGAUUAUAUUACAUACGCCUACAUGAUUGACAACAUUGUUCUACUUAUUACCGGCACUUUGCACCAGCGACCGAUCGCCGAAUUGAUCUCGAAGUGCCACCCGCUCGGCUCGUUCGAGCAAAUGGAGGCCAUCCACAUUGCAUCAACCCCGGCCGAGCUGUACAAUGCUGUCCUCGUCGAUACCCCGCUUGCCAACUACUUCGUUGACUGCAUCAACGAGCAAGACCUGGACGAGAUGAAUGUCGAGAUCAUCCGCAACACCCUCUACAAGGCCUACAUCGAAGACUUCUACAAAUUCUGCGAAAACCUUGGCGGCAAGACGGCCGAAGUUAUGUGCGAGAUUUUGGCGUUUGAAGCCGAUCGCCGUGCCAUCAUCAUCACCAUCAACUCCUUUGACACCGAGCUGAGCAAGGACGACAGAGAGAAGCUCUACCCGCGAUGCGGCAAGCUUUACCCAGAGGGGUUGGUUGGACUUGCCCGUGCCGACGACUACGAGCAGGUCAAGCAGGUGUGCGAGUGGUAUGGAGAUUACAAGGCCCUUUUCGAAGGCACUGGACCAAAUCCGGGUGACAAGACGCUUGAGGACAAAUUCUUCGAGCACGAGGUCAAGCUGAAUGUCCACUCCUACCUCCAUCAAUUCCACUUUGGCGUCUUCUACGCGUUCAUCAAGUUGAAAGAACAAGAAAUGCGCAACGUCAUCUGGAUCGCCGAGUGCAUCUCGCAACGGCAUCGAUCAAAGAUUGACAACUACAUCCCAAUCCUG